AUGAAACAUACCAAACAUAAUAUUAUGCUAGUGCUUAUUUUUCUGGUGCUCAUUUCCAAAUUUGGGUAUUGUUACUCAAAUGAUGCUGCUAGUUGCAUUGAAGGGGAACGAAUUGCUCUUCUCCAAUUCAAGGAAAGCUUAAUUGAUACAUCAAAUCGUCUCUCUUCAUGGAACGGUCUUGAUUGUUAUGAAUGGGAGGGAAUUUCUUGUAAUUCAACAACUGGUCAUGUCUUAAAGCUUGAUUUGCAUAACCCAGCUACACUUACACCUAAUGAUAUUGACUACUAUUAUGAUGGUUUGCCAUCAAACUAUAGCAACAACUGCUUGGGAGGUGAGAUCAAUCAUUCUCUUAUCAACUUAACACAUUUGAAUUACCUUGAUCUAAGCUUCAACAAUUUUUCUAAGAUCCGAAUUCCUGUAUUUUUCGGAUCUUUCAAAAACUUGAGGUAUCUUAACCUCACAAGCUCUGGUUUUGUGGGAAAUAUUCCCACCCAUCUUGGAAAUCUUUCAAGCUUAGAGUGUCUCCACUUUGGACAGGCUUCGGUUGAUGACUUGACUGCAAAUGACUUGGCUACAAAUAACUUAGAUUGGUUGACCAGCCUUUCUUCACUAAAAAGCCUUGACAUGUCUGCAGUUUUCAUUCGGCCAAGUGAAAAUGUGUUUGGCACAAUCAAUAAACUUGUAUCUCUCUCUUUUUUAAACUUGUAUUCCUGUCAGCUUAACAUUACCAAUCCUCCUUCACUUGUUAAUUCCACUUCUCUCAUCUCCCUGAAUCUCGGUGAGAAUGCAUGGGAUGCCAUGACCCUUCUAUGGUUAUCUAAUCUCACAAGACUUGAGAAUCUCAAUCUACAUGAUAAUCUAAAUUUCGCUUAUAGCUUCAAUUCUUCACUGUUAAUUCCAUUUUGUGAGCACCUGAAUUUAAUUUCUAUAGAUCUCUUUUCCAGUAGAUUUCAAGGUCCAAUUCCCCAUUGUCUUGGAAAUUUGACUUCUUUAACCUUUCUUAACUUAGCAAUCAAUAAGUUUGAGGGUUCAAUUCCAAAGAGCAUAAGUCGUCUUUGUAGAUUGCAAACUCUAGAUUUAUAUAUUAAUGAACUAAGCGGGUUGUUGACGGAUUUCUUAGGAGCUCCAUCUGAGUGCCUUUCAUAUAGUUUGGAAAUGUUAUCCUUAGAUGGCAACCAUUUUACUGGUCAACUACCAAAUCAGUUAUACAAGUAUAAAAAUUUGAAUACCCUUUCUCUCAAUUCAAAUUCCCUCUCUGGUCCCAUAGCAGAUUCACUUGGAAAUUUGUCAAUGUUGUCUUGGUUAGAUAUUAGUUACAACAAGUUCAGUGGUAGCAUUCCCACAAGUCUUGGACAGCUUUCAAACCUUCACACUUUAUAUAUAGACCAUAAUUCCUUCCAGGGCAUUCUCUCUGAAUUACAUUUUUCAGAACUUAUCAAUCUGAAAAGAUUAGGAAUAUCUGAAAAUUCAUUAUUUCUUGAUGUAAGCUCCAACUGGGAUCCUCCUUUUCAAUUGAAAGAGAUUGUACUGGAUUCAAUCAAAGUUGGCCCUCACUUCCCACAAUGGCUUCGUACCCAAACAAAAGUUUUUUCCCUAUUCAUGUCCAAUGCAAGCAUCUCAGAUGCUAUCCCUGAUUGGUUUGGAAAUUUAUUCUGGACUUGCAGUGCAAUAGAUCUCUCUAAAAAUGAUAUUAGAGGAGAACUCUCCAUGAGUGUUGAAGGUUUCAUGAAUGAAUUCAAGCAAGGUUGUCUAUGGAUCUAUCUUUCAGACAAUCAUUUGACUGGUGAAAUUCCAAAGUGGUUAUGCAAUUUAAAACAUUUACAGAUGCUUGAUAUUUCUUCAAAUAAAUUGUCUGGAGAAAUACCUUCGUGCUUUGGAAAAUUACAAGAGUUGGGAUAUUUAGAAUUGGGGAAUAACAAUUUAUUUGGUCACAUUCCAAAUUCAUUGGGAUCUCUCAGUCAGCUCUUCUCUCUGCACUUGCAGAACAACAAAUUUGAAGGGGAACUCCCUUCAAGCUUGCAAAAUUUAGGAAGCUUGAUCACCUUGGAUUUAAGUGAAAAUGGAUUAAUGGAUGUUAUUCCCCCUUGGAUAGGAGAAAACCUACGAAGUCUGAGGUUUCUUAAUUUUCAGAAAAAUAAAUUCUUUGGAGAUAUUCCAUUUCAAUUGUGUUAUCUGAAUGCUCUUCAGUUGUUGAACUUGGCAAAUAACAAUAUAUCUGGGUCUAUCCCUCAGUGUUUCAACAACUUCACUGCAAUGGUUAAUGACUCAAUACUUGAUAUCCACGGUGUCGCUUUUGAGGAAAACAUUCAAGAAUCUAUAAAAGGAUUGGAAUUGGAAUAUACUAGAAACCUUAAAUUUCUUUAA